GGUCAGUGACGCGAUUUGACGCGUUUCUGCCGUCCUGCUGCUCCUGAGUUUCCGUUUCUCCGGUACAUUUUACCGGCACACAAGUCACCAGAGUGCUAAAUGCUUCCUCUCGGUUCUCCCGCUGAGCGCCUAUCACCGGCCGGUCCUGUAUUGCCUGAACUCGUCGGCUGUCCCCCGGCCCCUGCACGCCACACCUGCUGCCAGACUCGUUCGAGGGGACCUGGAGCUGCAGAUCUGCGCAGUUGUCAAGUAGAGGCCAGCCUGACCAGCACAAAGAGCAAGAAGAGCAAGAAGAAGGCCGAGGCACAGAAGAAAUGGCAGAGCCUGGAAGAGCCACAGCAGGAGACCAGCAACAAACACAAACUGCUCAGCAGAUCUCACACCUAUGACCCCACAUACACCCGUGCGGCUGACGGCGACAAGCUGCUGGACAAGAAGGACUCGGGAACCAUCAGUAUCCACUUAUCAAAGUACAACAGCACCUACCACAAGCUUUUUCGCGACGUCCCCGAGGAGGAGGAGCUCAUGAGGUAUUACACAUGCACUCUACAGAAGGAGGUGCUAUAUCAUGGAAAAAUGUACGUGUCCAAGAGCUUCAUCUGCUUCUACUCCACGGUUUUUCUCAGGGAGACCAAGGUCACUAUCCCAGUGAGCGAUGUGGUGAUGCUUAAGAAACAGAACACGGCCCUGCUGGUACCAAACGGACUGUCCAUCCGAACAAACAAGGGAGAAAAAUUCACCUUCUUGUCCAUGAGAUCGAGGGAUUCUGCCUACAAACUCCUACAAUCCAUCUGCAUUUUCAUUGAGGACUUCAGCCCCACCAACAGCCCCUUGUUUUCCUUCGCCGAAACGAGCUUCGAUAAUCACGGAAAAUCAUCGAAUUCCAGCCAGUCCAGUCUGGACCAGAGCUUUGACCUCCAGGAGACGGACAGCUCUGUGGCGCUGCCAGGUCCGCCAACUUCACUCAGGGACACCAAAGAUCAACACUCUUUUUUGAAUCACUCCCACCUUCAGCACGCUUCAUCAAAGACGGCGGAAGCUCCGCACCUUCGGUUGGAGGAACAUCAAGCAGAUGUGUCAUGGAUCUGGAGAGUCGCCCAGACAGUGAAGUCCUAUGUGCUCCCCCCGGAGUCGGCCACCAUCAACCUGCUCCUGUGCAUCUACCUGCUGCUAGCCGUCAUUCUGCUCUUGUCCUCCGGAUACAUUGGAUUAAGAAUUGUGGCCCUGGAGCAGCAGCUGACCUUGAUGGGCGCCUGGCCGGACUUUGAGGUACACAACGAGUACAAGGAGACCUAAAGCUUGGAGCGGCUCAGUAGCUGCACCCCCUUUGUACCACUGAGGGUGUCGGCGCCCCCCCCAGCAGCUGUUCCUGCAGUCACGUGGUGACCAUAACGUCAUCUGCUGGUCAGAGUGACAAGGACGGGUACAAAGAAUCUUUUUUUUUUUUUUUUUUUCUUCCAAGUAACAGCUGAUCACCAGCGUGUGGCCAAUUGGUGGAGCCGAGAGAUGAGGACGUCCUACAAUUGUCAGGAUUAUUUGGGGGUAGGGGGGGGAUCACCAGAAUUGCAGCUUAGCUGAGCCAAAGUCAGAACGACGAGGCGGGACCCCCAGCUUGUGUCGCGGCUUGGGGUCCUCAGGACGUUUGCCUCAUUAAAUUGCACCUCCUUUGUCACACCUGAAACGAAAGAGGGUGGGGUGGGGGGGUCCCCCGUUCCCCCCCCCCCCUUUCUUUUGAUGGCACACUGCCUUCCGUUUACAAGUUUCAUGCAACCUCACCGUUUACUGUUGUCUUCAGGGAGAAAAGUACAAAAAGUGUUAACGGCCUGUCGCAACACCGUCGGUGGGCUGCCGGACCACCCAGUCGUGGCAUACAGUUUGUUAGGUCACAACUGCUGCUGCCAAGUCUUAAUUACACUCCAUGGCCGCUCCAGGCCCAUUCUGUCCACCCGGCCAGCUCCAGGGUGGCUUCUGUGUUCACACUGAAUGGAGGCGAUAAGACCCCCGACCCUGAGCCCCAGCACUUUUACACUUUCUACCUUUUACUGAUUGACUGAUAUUCUCGCACUAUGUAUUUAAAGAUGGAAAACUGGGCGAGUCACGUGAUUCACGUGUUUAAUGAACAGCCGUGCAGAUCAGCAAUCCGAGAGAGCGAGGUGCAGUGCGCACGAUCUACCACCAGGUGGCGCCAGCACAUCCUAUAAUUAACUGAUCUUGACCACCGGACACAACUUCACCAUCCCACCUCCGUUAUGUCGGCUCUUUAACUUCACAGGGGGACUCGCUGGGUGGGAAAGGAAUGGAGAGACGAAGGAGCCUGUCGACCGAUGAGUUCUCGGGAUCGUGCAAUGGCGACAAAAAGAGGAAGAAAAAUAUAGCGAUCGUUCACGCCAAGCAAGACCACCUCUGUAUGCCAUCAAGCGAUACGACAGCAUGUGAAAGAGAGACUCGUGAACUCCCCUCAGGCCGGCCUAACGUGUACGUGGGUGGGAAACUCGCUCUCUCCAGUCAGCCAGCCAUUACCGACAGCCCCGAGCAGGGACAUGGGGGCGCUGGAGCCGAUCCAUCCCUACAGGCAUUUAUUUAUUUAUUGAUGGACUGAUAUGAUCGUACUAUUUAUUUGAAGAAAGAAAACUGGGCGAGUCAAGUGAUUCACGUGUUCAUCCCCGUCCAGUCCGCUUAUUUAAUCAAGAAAUCGAUGAACAGCCGGGCAGAGCGCUGAUGUGAUCGGAAAUCCGAGAGAGCCGUUCAUCUGUUCAUUCACACACUCACCCGAAGCAGCUUGUGUAGAAAAUGAAACACAUGAAGCCCAACUCAAAGUAUUCAUUAUUAGCAAUCGAUCAGAGAAUUGAAAAGGGAAGAAAGAUGGACAGAGAGAAUCAUUCAUUCGUUCGUUCAGUCAGUCAGUCAUCUCGAUAUUCGUUUAAUGUGACAAGCUGAUGAAUGAAUCGUAAUGCAUUCAUAAUAAAAUAUUUAAAAUGUGAUUCAUUGAACCAUUCAUUCGCGCCAAUAGUCUGUUUAUAUGCUAAAUUAGACUGAGAUUCAUGUAUUAAUGUAUCAACAUAUUUCAAAGAAAGAACGUCCGGUUGAUCAAAUCAUUCAUUCACACAAAUCCAGCCUGCUUAUUUAUUCAAGAAAUGAAUUAACAUCAAACCCGUUUAUUUACGUUACUUGGAAAGGAAUUCAUUCAUUCAUUUAUUCAUCUUCUUGCAGCGUGUUUCAAAAUUUAGUAAAUGAAUCCCAUUCCAGUUUAUUUAUAUUAUUAAAAUAUUAACUAAUAAAGCAGGAGCGAGUGAAUCAUUCAAUCAUUCGUUUGUUUAUCCAGGUACAGUCUGCUGAUGACAAGUUCAUAAAGACACUUCAAGCCAAUGAUUUCAUAAAUUCACAUAUUUCUAAUCUGAGUAAUUUGCCCCAUUCAUUCAUUCAUUCACCCAAAUUCAUACUGGUGGUUUGAUCAAGAAAUAAAUAAAUUGGCGACAAUCCAGUUUUCAUGUAAUAUAAAAUAGGAAUGAAUGACUGUAUGUAUCCCGAUCCAGCUUGCUUUCAAAAUAAGUUUAUAAGUUCAUUCAAUUUCAGUUUAUUUAUAAAUUGGCACUUAUUCAUAAUUCACAUAAGCAACUUAGAAACUAAUUAUUUUUUUUAUAUCAUUAAAAUAUUUACAAGAACGAACGACUGAUUGAAUGAUGGACUAACUCAGUCAUCCCAGGACAACCUGUUUAUAUGACAAGAUCAUAAAUCUCACUCUAAUGUAUUUAUAGUUUAAUGUUUCAAACCUGAUUAAAUGCAUCAGUCAUUCAUUCACCCCAAUCCACUCUUGAUCAAUAAAUCAAUUAGUGCCAGUCCUGUUUGUUUAUCUCAUUCAUUCAUUCACAUCAAUCCAGCUUGUUUAAAUAAUUAGUAAAUAAAUCCCAUUCCAAUAUUAUUUAUAUUUUUAAAAUAUAAGAAAUACAAAAUCAUUCACUUACUCAUUUAUUCAUUUUUCAUUCAUCCCAGUACAGUCUGUUUAUAUGACAAGUUCUUCAAUAAAUGAAUGUCAACCCAAUGAGUUCAAGUAUUUCAAAUUUCAUUCAUUCAUUCAUUUUCACACCGGUGAUUUGAUCAAUAAAUAAAUUGGUGCCAAUCUGGUUCAUUUAUAAGAAACAAUGAAAGAAAAGUGUUAUAUGUACAUAUAGAAAAAAAAGAUUCAUUUAUCUCAAUCCAGCUUGUUCACAUAACCAGUUAAAAAUUAAUCCCAAUCCACUUUAUUAAUAGUAUAGAACCAAUUCAUCAUAUUUAUAUUAUUAAAAUACUUAACAGAAAAAGACUGAACAAAUUAUUCAUUCUUGUUAGCAUAGUUUGCUUAUAUGAUACAUUAAUAAAUGAAUCUCAAUCCAGUUUUUAUAUUAUCAAGAUAUUUUAAACAAAGAUAGAAAAAUAAAUAUGAAAGGCGCUAUAUCAUAGGCAGAAAGGAAAGGUACAAACAAUAGAGAAUUAGGAAAGGCAUUAUAUAAGAUAAGUAAAGACAUAGAAAAGGGACUAUAUCAUAGACAGAUGUGAAAGGCAAUAUAUAAUGCAUAGAUGGAUAUUAAAGGCACAAUAUAAUAGAGAGAAAGAAAAAGAAAUGAAAGGCACUAUAUAAUGCAAAGAUGGAUAUUAAAGGCACAAUAUAAUAGAGAGAAAGAAAGAAAAAGAAAUGAAAGGCACUAUAUAUUGCAAAGAUGGAUACUAAAGGCACAAUAUAAUAGAGAGAAAAAGAAAUGAAAGGCUUUAUAUAAUGCAAAGAUGAUAUUAAAGGUGCAAUAUAAUAGAAAGAAAGAAAGAAAUUAAAGGCACUAUAUACUAGAUAGAUCAGAUAGAUAAAUAUAAAUGAAAGGCACUAUAUAAUAGAAAAGAAGAACAAAGAAAUCCAAGUCCAUUCUAGAGUUGCUUGUGAUGUUUCGGCCCCCCUUUGCUUGCUGCUCAGCUUUAAGUGGGCUUACCCAAUGGUAUGGUGUUUUAUGGCCUGGCUCUCCAUCCCAGUUUCUGCUCCUGCCCCCACCACAAUACUGGCUGCUUUGGCUCCAGCUGCCCAUCAAGCUGAGAGUUAAGCGGAUGGACGACUGAUGCUGAUGGGCGAAUGCAGUUGACCAAGCACCUCAGGUUGCCCACUUGACUAUUUCAGAGAGAGGUGGACUCGUUUCACUCCUGCGUUGCGUCAUUCGUCCCUGAUAUUUUCGUGCGUACGUAUUGCCCGUAGAAGACCUCUGCGAAUUCCCACUCUGUUCAGUGAGUUGGCAGCCCAUUCACGUCUCUCAGAUUGCCCUUUAACUCCAUAGCUGAUCUUUCAGCCGCUUCCUCGACCCGAGCAGAGAAGGUUGACUCCGUGAAGUCCACACAUUAACUCCAGUAAUUCAUUUUCAUGUCUUGAAAGGACAGUCGGCCAGUUGGGUGGUCAGCUCCUUCGCUGAGUUGUGGACACUCUGGCCACUGGGGUGGGCACUUUUUUGAUGUAAUGAUUUUUUUUUUCUUUUGACCAUGUGCUAAUGGCUUCGACUUUGGUUGAUUGGACUCUAAACUGGUGGGUGUGGUGGUCGGGUGUCCAGCACAGGGUGGUUAGGAGAGGCCUGGACCUCACCAUGACAGUUUUUUCCAUCCAUUCAUCCCACUUAUCCAUGGCAGCGUCCCAGCAAACAUUGAACACAUCAAAUGCAAGUCGGCAGCACACCUGGAGAGGGCGCCGGCCCACCACAGGUUGAACCCCCCCCCCCACACAAGCCCACUGAUUCACCAAACCUGCAUGUCUUUGGACUGUGAGAGGAAACCAACAGGGACAGAGGGGAGAACAUGCAAACUCCACACGUGGAAAGGAGCACAGUGGGCUCCAAUCAGCAGAAACAGCAAAUGGAAUAAUGAAGUAAUGGAAGGUCCACCGGGGGGCUCACCUGUGACACCCCACCAUGGGCCUGACCUCCUCUGUGAAGUCCUUCUCUGAAACAUUGAACAUUAAGGACUGAAGCUGGGAAGAACUUCUUCACGUAAAGAGUUGGUGGGAAUCUAAAACAAACUACCAAGCCAUGUAGUUAAAGAAGGGUCAGGGGGACAUAUUGGGACAGCUGAGCUAUUAACUGAACAAACGGGCCUGACGGACUGAAUGGUCUCCUCUAGUUUAUCAAAUGUGACUGAACUCCCCAGCCUUGAGAUCUCGUGAAAGAAACAAACGUCCGCCAUCUCCCCCCUCAGAGAGUACAAGGCCUCAGUGCCCACAAGUUGUGUGUCACCCCUCUUGUAUGUCGACUGCCAGUGACACUUGUACCCCACGCUUGGGGGUCAAUGCCUGGUUAAACGCUGGGACACUCUAUACUGCCCCCAGGUGGUGUCUGGCCACACUGCAAUUUUUUGAAUGGUUUUUCAGAUUUGUGAUGUUCUGAUCUGUGGGGGUGGGGAGGGGAGGGGGGGCCUGGGUCCCACAGGCAGGUGGUCGGCCAUCUUUAAUACGAAUAGCCUCAGUGAUGAUGAGUCCCUGGUGUCACCCCCUCAUUAAACAAAGUGUGCAAUUUUCCAAACCUUCCACUGUAAUUUCUGUUAAGAUUCUCCCUGCCGCAUUUAUUUAAAUUCACUCCAAUGAAAUGAAGAAUGAAGAACAACUUUAUUUGUACUUUUGCACAUUUUUUUUUUUUAAGUGUCGAUACUAAUCACUGUAUGCGAUAAGCAGCAAGUAUAAAUAUAUAUAUAUAUAUAAAAAAAAUUGUAUUGGUAAAAAUAUUUAUUUGUAUUCCAUGAUUGGCGGCCGCCUCUGUGAGAUGGCGUCACCCUGUUUACUCAAUAAACUUGAAAUUGCUUCACUUUUAA